AGCCGGCCCAGGGUGGCGGGCAUGGGUGGCGGCGCCGGGCGGCGGGGGCCCCUUACCCUCUGGCUGACGCUGGCGCUGGCCUGGGGUGCGGGGGCCGCGCUGGCCGCCGAGGGGCUGGGGGCGGCGGAGGAGGAGGAGGAGGAGGCGGCGGCGGCGGCCGGGCUGGCGGAGCCGUGCGGGGCGGAGGGGUGGUCGCAGGAUGCCGUCCCGCCGGGCGCGGCCUUCGUCGCCGCCGCCGCCUCGUACCGCGGGCCGGGCAACAACGAUACGCGGAGCAACAAGGCGCUGCCCAUCCUGCUGUGGUGGAGCGGCAGCCUCUUCCCUCACUUCCCCGGCGACACGGAGCGGAUCGACUGCCCGCGGGGCUCUUGCUUGGUCACCCGGAGCCGGCGGGUGGCCCGGUACCGCCGCACCAAGGCCCUCAUCUUCUACGGCACCGACUUCAGGGCCUACGAGGCGCCGCUGCCCCGCCUGCCCCAUCAGACCUGGGCCCUCUUCCACGAGGAGUCCCCCAUGAACAACUACCUGCUCUCCCACCCGCCCGGCAUCCAGCUCUUCAACUACACGGCCACCUUCCGCCGGGAGUCCGACUACCCCCUCACGCUGCAGUGGUUGCCCGGCGUGGGCUACCUGCGGGGCCCGGCGGUGCCCCUGGCCGAGAAGGAGGAGUGGCGGCGGAAGGGCUACGGCCCGGUGCUCUACAUGCAGUCCCACUGCGAUGUCCCCUCGGACAGGGACCGCUACGUGCGGGAGCUCAUGAAAUACAUCCAGGUUGACUCCUACGGGAAAUGCCUGCAUAACCGUGAGCUUCCCAGUGAGCGACUGAAAGACACUUCUACAGCCACUACAGAGGAUUCUGAAUUUAUGACUUUCAUCGCCAGGUACAAGUUUCAUCUGGCCCUGGAGAAUGCCAUAUGUGAUGACUACAUGACUGAGAAGCUGUGGCGUCCAAUGCACUUGGGUGCUGUCCCAGUAUACCGAGGCUCCCCAGCUGUGCGGGACUGGAUGCCAAACAACCUCUCCAUCAUUCUUAUAGAUGACUUUGACAGCCCCCAAGAGCUGGCAAAGUACCUUGAUUUCCUGGACAAGAAUGGAGAGGAAUAUAUGAAGUAUCUAGAGUAUAAAAACCUUGGUGGAAUCAAAAACCAGUUCUUGCUGGAGAGCUUGGAGAGGCGGGAGUGGGGUGUGAAUGACAUGACUCUGCCCAAUUACCUGAAUGGCUUCGAGUGUUUCAUCUGUGACAGGGAGAACACCCGUGUCAAAGAGGAGCAGGAACACAAAAAGUCCCGUGGCAAAACUCCGGCUCCCAGACCUCGCAUAGCUCAGUUUAAGCACAUGGGAUGUCCUAUGCCAACUCCUGGGUUUGGAAGUGUUGAAGACCUCUCUGGAGGAGACAGUUGGAAAGAGAUGUGGCUGCAGGAUUAUUGGCAAAGCCUUGAUCAGGGUGAGGCCCUCACUGCUAUGAUUCAUCGCAAUGAGUCACAUCAGGGAAGAUUUUGGGACUAUAUGCACGAGAUUUUUCUCAAGAGGACGAGGCAACACUGACCCAUGUUUGUAAGAGCUUGAUUUGAAAGUUGAGACUGCGAAUUCUCAACUUGCUCCAAAUGUUUGCCUUGGAAUAGAAGUAAAACUCUCACAGAGACUGUUUCUUCUGGUGCAUGAAGUGAGUAAGUUUCUGUUAUGAUUGGAUUUCAGCAGUGGAGAUCUUAGCAGCUGCUUUGAUUUGAAUUUCAGCUCUGUGGUGUGAAGCCACUCCUGACUUGCAGGUGUCAACAUGUGGGGCAAAAGAGGAAUUUACAAUCCUUUUGCAUUUGGUAUAGUUUCCUUGUGGCUUACAUGACUUGAGAGGAACACCUCUUCAGACUCUUGCUCAAAUGCCCUAAGUUAUUUCAGGGAUUUUUUUAAUCUCCAAAAUAGUAAUCGUUUUUAUAUGUAUUUUAUCUGUCACUUAUUGUCCUCAUGAAGGUGUACUUUGAGCUGCUAUUAAUGAAUAGCUUUUCCAGUGAAGGAGUCACAAAAGACAAAUGUCUGUGGAGAGCAAUUGUGCCUUAUGAAAUUGCAGUAAUAAAGUCUCUUCUUACUAUGUAA